AGGAAGGAGAGAAAUUUACACAUCAUCUAGGCCAGCCGCCUAGGGCUGAUUAGAUAUACUAACAGCAUCCAAAUGGUGAAAACAAUCCAUGACAAAAGAGGAAAAGCAUGAUGCUUGGCACAUGCAGAUUUCCUUUCCUCACUAAACAACAAUGCCAGAAUCUCUUGUAUGAUUCUUUUGAUAGGCAAUGCCCUAUGCGGGUUGCUGCACAACAAGCUUAAGCCAGCAAACGCCUGCCUUUCAUUUUGAUUCUUGCCUACGAUGUCCUUCAAAUCAUUCAAAAGCUGUUCAUGCAUGGGAGCAUCCCAUAACUUUCGCAGUUCAACAUGCUUUAGCAUAACUGAUGCUGUUGCAUCUCAUUCUCAACAACUGCAGAAGUAUUCAAGAAAAAAAGAAGUUCCUCUAGAAGGUAGUAAGACUAGCCUUGAGCACACAUCAAAAUGGCAUGCCCAGACUAUUAUCAACUCAGGCAACAGAAGAAAACAAUCAACUAGGGACACUAAUUGUAUUCCUGAAUGUUCAGGAAGAGUACCAGGCAAGGGAACAAAGAGAAGCUCCACUUGGGCAGCUAGGCAAUUAGCACUUUUGCGAACUUUAUCAUUCGUAGGAACUCAUCUUCCAGAACCUGUCUUAGACGAUGAUCUGCAGAUCCUGAAAAGAGGGUGGACUUGUCCAACUUAACCAACAACUUGGUAUGCAGGCUGCGACU